AUAAUUAUAUAUUAGUUAACCAUAGAAGUAUAAAUGUCUAUUUAUCUUUUAAUGAAAUCUUUUUUUUUGUCAUUUUGACCCUUGAAUGCUAUAUUUGUAACAAAAAAAUUAUAGAUCAUCCUAAAAAACUUCUCAAAAAAGUAUUUGUAAUGAGCUAAUCAAAAGCCACAAACAUAUUUUAAUUUUUACUUUAAUAGUAUAUGCUGAUUUGUUUUAGUGGUACACACCAAAAGCACAAAGUUUCAUUAAUUAUUUACUUUAUUUAGUAUAUACAAAUCUUGUAUGUUCUGACAAACGUUUUGACAUAACUUUAUUUUAAUUUAUUUUGAUAUCAAUUUUACAAUACAUUUAGAGUAGACAUCAAAGUAACUCUUAAGAUAAUUUUUAGUUUUAUUUUUACUGAAUUUUAAUUUUUAUUUAUAAAUAUGAUUUCUUUAUUUUUUUAACAAAUUAAACACAAUGUAUUCAUUUAGUUAGUUAAACGUUUUGUGUUGUUUGUCUGAAAAUAUCAUAUGAAGUACACUCUAAGAGAAUGCUAAAAUUUACUUAAAUCGUAUAGAUUUUCUUGCGCUACACCUAACUGCUGUCUUAUAUAUUUUAAUUUGUUGCAAAUGUGUUAUGUAUGUUUUUUAUUAUCUGUUCCUCUUUUCUACAACAUUAACUUAAUAAGUUAUUUUUUUCUUAAGUGUUCUUGCAUGUAAAUGUUAAUUACUUUAUCAAUAUUGAGAUUUGAGAGUAUAUUAUAUAUAUUAAAGUGUAUUAUAUUUGGUUAUAAAAGAAGAAUAUAUAGUGCAACAAACAUAGUUAAGGAGAGGAAGAUAUCUCUAGAUUCGAUAUUUUUUAAUGAUGUUGAUUGAUUAUUAAUAUCCAUUUAGUUAUCAUGUAGGGUUGUCUAGUAUUUGUUUGGGCAGUUAAUUUUUUUUAAUCAUCUUGUUUUGUUAUUUUAUAGUAUGUUCUAUUUUAAGGAAAAUUAAUGAAAACCUGAUGUUUUGGUUUUCUUUUAGCCAGCGAAGUGGAGAUCGAAGGAGGGAGGAGCAUCGUAUACGUCGGCUAUGGUUUAAUAAAUUAAUAAUUAAAGUAUUUUUUUUGCAAAAGAAUAUGACAUAUUUGAAAACAUAUGAUUGGCUGAUUUUUUUUGAUGAUGUGGAUAGCUUCUCCUUUCAAGUUAUUCUCCUUUUUAGUAUAAUAUAGAUUUGCAACUCUUAUUAUUAUUGCUAGUAGAUUAGUUUUAUAAUUGACCUUCUUUCUUCAAUAAUGUCAUUACCAGCUUUUUAUCCUCUCAUCCACUUGCCCUUCAUGCGUUUGCAAAAUGCCGGUUUUACGUUCACCUUUUUCAUCUGACCCGGAUCUGGUUUAACCUGGCUAUUUGCAGUUCGACCUAUUCGAGUAUGCUUACUCUGUUUAUGUACAAAAUCUUAUACAGCUAAAGUAGAAUACAGCACAACGUGAAGCUAAAACAAUGUGAAUACAGUGGAACGUGAAAACUAGAGCAAUGUGAAUACAGUGCAGCGUAAAAACUAAAACAAUGUGAAUACGGUACACCGACUAUAGGUUAAAUUGUUUUUGUUUAUAACAAUUAUGUUAAUGUAAAAAAAAAAGGCUUAUGAUGUGGUGGAUGAGACAAACUUCCAGAUGGUAGGGGCGGGUUCCCUUUGUAAGAAAACGAAGGAACAUAAUUUUUUUUUUAUUGUGCCCAGCAAUUAAGGCACGUGAUUAAGGCCUACUGUCGUACUAUUGUUUAGAGCAUCUCCUAUCCUAUAACUUUUACUUUAUUCAACCUUUUACCUUGACAUGUAUAAUUGCAAUGUAUAUCGCCAACUAAGCCUAGUCGUGUAGUGUCAAAUACAAACUUAAUAUAUACUCUUUCCAAGAGAAAAUAUAGGAAUAAUUGUUUUGGAAAUUUAUGUGAAACAAUCAUCUUACCUGAUCAUGGGACCAAAUAUUGAAGUUUAAAACACUACGUAAUUAAAAUUGAUCAAAAAAAACAUUAUGUAAUUAAACAAAACUGAACCAUUAAGUGGAACUAAAUGCAUGUUUAACCCUACUUUAUUUUCCCUUCUAAAAUAGAGUUUAAAAUAAAAAAUACUCUAAUGAUAUUAUAUUUUUUAUUCUAUAAUAGUGUAAACAUAUUUUCUACUCUAUAUAUAGAUUAAUUUUAUUUAUUUUAUGUUCAACAUUUUAUUUUUUACUCUAAAAUAGAGUAUCAUUGGAGCAAUAUCCAACUCUAUUAUAGAGUUACUCUAUAUUAGAAGAAAAAAUAGAGUAAACCAUUGGAUAUGGUCUAAGAGCAUCUCUAACACACCUCUAUUUCUACCUCUAUAAUAGCAUUUAGAGGCAAAACCACUCCAACCCAUCUCUAUUUUUGCCUCUAAAAUAGAGAUUGUUAUUUUCUCCUCUAUUUAUAGAGAAAGAAAUAGCAUUCCUCUAUAUUUUGCUCUAUAUGUAGAGAUCUCUAUUUUAGAAAAAUACAUUGGAGUAAAACCCUCUAUAAUAGAAGAAAAAAUAGAGAAAUACAUUGGAGAUGGUCUAAGGGCAUCUCCAAUCCUACUAUAUUUUUCACUCUAAAAUAGAGUUUAGAGUAAAAAUAUCUCAAUUGUACUAUAUUUCUCACUCUAUAAUUGAAUAAAAAAUAGGUUUACUCUAAAUAUAUAGAUUUGUUUUUUUUGGUUCAUCACUCUAUUUUUUACUCUAAAAUAUAAUAUUAUUGGAGCAAAUUCAAAUUCGAUUAUAGAAUUAGUCUAUUUAGAGUAAAAAAAUUAGAAUAAGCCAUUAGAGAUGGUGUAAGUGUAACAAAAAGAAUAAGAACGAAUUUAAUAAAUCUGACAGUCUUGGCUUAUGGUGGUUCACUGGUUCUGUUCUGAAGCUUUUAAUAUAACGCGAUGAUUGUAAAAUUCAUUAAAAAUUAAAUGUGUAACUCGGUUUUAAGAUUAAGUGUCUGACUGUAAAGUAUUGAAAAGUAAAAGUUAAUGGUGAAAAAAAUAUAACGCUGGUUCCUAUCAUUUGACAACCAGUCAAGUGAAAAAAUAAGAAAAGAAAAUUGAUAAAAUUUACUCUCAUUAUCGCUCCAUGUGGCGUAAGAUUGUCAUCCUCCCUAUCCAAGAGUAAUCCUCUUUUUUUUUUUCGUCUAAGUAGAUUUUUAAUUGAAAAACGACCGAAGCCCAGUGAAAGCUUACAGACACCCGAAAGUCCACAUCGAAAGCCCAUAAAAAGAAACCAUACAAAUUAGGCCCAAGUCCAUAACCCAAACACCUCAUUCCCGACAACAAGCGAUUCGCCCUAGCUCAGGGCCCAAACCCGCAACGUCGCCACCACCGGGAGCACCUACGUCGGAGAGGACGCGUCUCACCGGCAUUACAGGAACCUGCAUCACUGUGACCGACCUAAUCCAUGACCUCCACACCCUCUUAACCGCAGCCGUGAGUUACUCGUGUGUUAUCUUUAUCGGAUAGAUCAAUCGCCGUAGCGAGAUCACAUCCGCCACCGUUCGAGCAAACACCCGAGGAACAUCACCGCCGCACAGACCAUCACCAACUUGCAUAAGACACCUCUCUCUUCCAACCACGAGAGAUCGCCCUCGGAGCUCAACCGACAAACUCAAGAAAAAAUGAAAAGACAAACCCUAAAACCAAAUCUAAAAUAAAAAAACAAGAGCCGACGAGGUAAGGUAAAGAGAUCCUUCACCCCUCGGAGCACGAGCCGGCGACGCAGAGCUGGGUAAGCCUCCACCUCCCGAGGACUUUGCCGACGACGCAGAGCUGAGGAAGCCUCCAUCCUCCCGGAAUCUUAAACGGCGACGACGGAUCUAUCAUAGCCUCCGCCUCCCGAAGCAAAAACUAACCUCAAACGAAAACCUGUAGCGACUAACCGCCGUCCUACAACUUCACUACGAAUCCAGAACAGGAAGAUUUGCCGCCGAUUGAAGCUCUCCAUCAGCAGAACUCUUCCCGGAACAAACCCUAACCCAGAUUCGGAAAUAUAUCGGAAGGGCCACCGGAUCGAAGCACACAGAGUAGAACUAGACUGGAUCGACAAGGGGAAGAGCCACCGGCGCCGGCACGCGCUCGGACGCGCAGCCGGACGCCGGCCUUCUCUCACACGCAUUUUCUCUCUUUCUCUCUCUUUCUCUCUCUGAUAUAGUAUUGGUUACUUAUUUGAGAGUAAUCCUCUUUAUCUCUUAUAUUAGGUCUUUAUUAUUAUUCAUUUACUUUAUUUUACUCUCAUUUAUUCUCAUUUACUCUAAUUUAUUACCAAUCAUAUUUUCUUUUUUUUACUCUCAUUUACUCUAAUUCUCACCUUUUCUUUUUCUCUCAAUUACUCCAUUUUUAUUUACUCUCAAUUACUCUAAUUCUUACCAAUCACACUUCCAAUAACUUGGGCUAAGUGUAACAGUUGCUUUUGUUCUUUGACCGAACAGGCACGUGCGCGGCAUGUUUUGAUUCAUUAUUUUUCUUGUCGAGGAUUUCGGCCACGCACGUGCAUCCCCGUCCUCGUCUCUAAUUACUCUCUCUAACCUUUUGUUUUUUUUGUCUUAAUCUCUAUUUUGUCUUAGUCUCAUAAUCUCUAUUUCCUGUGAAUAAAUCACUAUGUUGUGUUGUUAAUAUCGAAUUUUACGAUCCAUGCUUGAUUUUGGUAUAUGACUAUGAAUUAAUUAUUAUGACAUGAUAUCAGAACCAAUAUUAUUGUGUCUGAGAACACAAAAAAAUAUUUAGAAUACUCUGGUAAACACACAUGCAAAUGGUAUAAACUUCAAACAAUGCUACACGCCUACAGUUCGUGGCUGCAUCGUAACAAACCACUUGGGGGUGACAGUGCUAGCACACUGCACACCUCAAACAAUGCUUUACAUUAAACUACAAUACAAUACGAAUGAUUUUCAGAAACGAGUUAACUUAACAGUGAGAAAACAGGAGAACAUAUACUUAAGAAAGAAAAAACAACUAAACAAUCACACACAAUUUCACAAAGAAUACGUGGAGUGUGAUUGAUUAGUCAAACAUUACAGCCAUGCGAUUAAAGAAAACGCGACACUGCAAGCUGUAAAUAGCUGUAUAAAAUUAAAGUUACCCCAGUAAAUUAAAAUAUUCACCGGUUUAUUAUUAUUCUAACGAAUAUGACAUGUUCUUUUUAACAAAAAGAACACCAUGACAUUGUCAUGAUUACGCAUUCAUCUGAUAAAGUAUCUAUGAUUAACAAGUCUAAAUGUUAUUGUGUCAGAAAUAUACAUUUGCUAAUAUAUAUGUGUAAGGAAUUUGUUGUUAUACCGUCAGUUAUAUUUCUUCCACAUAUUUUAUAAAAUGCACAUGUUUAAGAUGUGUGAUGUAUAUUCUAUAUUUAUUCUUCACUGACCUACUUACAAAACCUAAUACAGAUUUUACAAUCUCAAAGGAUGUUUAUGAACUUUAGGCUACGAAUGGGGACUCAGUUAAAUCAAAAGGAGCUCUAAUGGGCUUCAAAAGUCAUAACGAGUUGAAGACUGAACCUGGUGGGCCUUUUCAAAGCUUCUGUGCUCAGGACAAGACUCUUACCUGACAUAUAUCAUACACACAAAUUAUGAAUCUUUAAUCUAGCUGAUGCUUUGGUCACCACGAUGUUACAUGGUAGCACGUCAUGUUGUGUGUAUUUGUUUUUUGAAAUUUUCAGGCUGUUUCCAAUAGUCAACUUAACAAAAAUACGAAAAGUCAAAAAUCUUUCUCUCUCAAGAUACAAUUACAUAAAAAAAACCAGAUCGAAACUCUGUCUUCGAAAACCAUUCAUCAGAUACAAAACACUCGCAAGAAAAACAAAAACAAAAACAAAACCAAAAAAAGGAUGGAAGAAGUUCAGAAUCAGGUAUUGGAAGAAGAAGCAAAAGGAUCAACGACGGUGGAGAAAGUGUACAUAGCCGUAGGAAACGAUUUACAAGAAGGAUUCAAGACGAUCGACUGGGCUUUAAAGAAAUGGAACAACAUACCAAUCUCCAUCGUUCUUCUCCACCUCUGCAGCAUUUCUAAAGAUUUCGUCUACACCCCUUUUGGGAAGCUUCCAGCGAGUUCUGUGAGCGAGGAGAAGCUUCAAGUACUGAGAAAGUACGAGGACCAAAAGAUCAACAAGUUGUUGUCUAAAUACGUUACUUUUUGUAAAAAGUUACAGGUGAAAGCAGAGUUACACAAGGUGGAGAAGGAAGAUGAUUCAAUCCAAGUACUAAUCUUAGAUCUGAUCACAAAGCUCCGAAUUACAAAACUCGUCAUGGGAAUCACUUUCAUGAGAUCUUCUUCAUCUUGGAAAUCGAAGAGUGCGAUAAGCGGAUCGUUCCACAUAUAUCAGAAUAAACCGGAUUUUUGCGAGUUUUAUAUAAUAUGUGGAGGCAAAAUGGUUUUGCUAAAGAGAGAGAACGAUGCCAACAAUAAUAUUAGAAGCUGGAUUGGUAAAAUGUUCCAUGAUCCGGGGAGAAACUUAGACCGUUCAUCUAACGGCAGUGAUGAUCCAGCGGCUAGUGGAAGUCCAUGGGAUAAGAACUUGCAGGAGAUGGAGAUUUAUUUCCAGCAACUGUUGAGUUUGAAUCUUGAAGAAGACGAUGAAGACAAUGUCCAAGAAGAAGAGGAUGAAGAUGGUGGUGCGGAGGUGGCACUAGACGUGCUGCAACAUUUGAAUGUAGGAGAGAAGUUAGAGUAUGUGAGAAGAAAGGUGAAUGAAGCUAAGCUGGUGAUAGAUGAGAACAUGAGAGAAGUCAAAGUCAACGCUGAGAGAUCAGACAAAGCUGAAUGGGCUAUCUCUUUAUGCAACUGCAGAAUUGAAGAGCUUGAAGCUGGGAUCAAAGAAGAAACCGAGAGACGAGAGAAACUCCAAGAGACGCUAGAUUCAGACAGAGAAUGCAUUGAACAAACAAAGAACGACGUCGAAAAAGGAAAAGCAAAGCUAGUUUCUCUUGGUGAGCUUCGAGAAGAGCUCUCAAGCAAGGUUGAGACAAUGAGGGAUGCUAAACUACAAGCAGAAGCUGAGCUGGAGAGGGUUGCUUUAGAGAAAGGUGAGAUGAUAAUGGAGAUCGAGAAGCUUAAGAACCAAAGAGAUGUGUUCAACCGUAGGAUUGAGUUUUGCAAAGAGAAAGAGGCUACAGGGUUUGCUUCAGAUGAAGUGAAGUGUGGGUAUAGAGAGUACGUUGCAGAGGAUAUAAGACUGGCCACAGAGAGUUACUCUGAUCGCUUGAGGUUAAAAUCUGGCGGCAACUGGACGAACGUGUACCGAGGGAGGAUCAAACACACAACCAUGGCUGUGAAAGUGAUCGGCGACCGUUUAUCGGAUGAGGAGUUUGCAGCAAAGGUGAAGCUUAUGAAUGAGAUUAGACAUCCUAACUUGGUAGCAAUAGCUGGAUUCUCUCCAGAGAGGCCUAAGUGCAUACUCUUCGAGUAUAUGCAUAGUGGUAACUUGAGGGACAAUCUAUUCACAUCGCAGAGGAAAUCAAGAAGAAGCAAGAUACUUAAAUGGCACGAUAGGAUCCGUAUAGCUCACCAGGUUUGCUCUGGACUGGGGUUCUUACAUUCCGUUAAGCCGAAACCGAUAGUCCACGGUCGCCUCACGCCGUCCAAGAUCCUCUUGGACCGUAACCUUGUAGCUAAAAUAACAGGUUUUGGACUUGCAAUGCAUAGUGACCAGUCUGAUACAAAGCCUGAUGUGAUGGCUUUCGGAGUAUUGCUACUUCAUCUUUUAACCGGGAGAAACUGGCCCGGUUUGCUUAAGGCGAUGUCGAUGAACCAGGCGAGUAUUCUCAGGGAUUUGGACCAGACAGCUGGUAAGUGGCCGUUGGAGUUAGCUAAGGAGUUCGGUGCACUUGCGGUGAAGUGCUCUUCGGUUAACAGAGGAGGGAACAUGGAGUUUUCGACGAAAGAGAUCAUGGAGGAGCUUGGUAAGAUAAUGGAGAAAGCUAAUGAGUUUAGAACCAAAGGAGGAUACGAGGAAGCAACUAACUCAAAGAACGAUGAAGCAGAUCCGAAUGAUAUACCGAGUGUUUUCAUAUGUCCUAUACUUCAGGAAGUGAUGAAGAAUCCACAUAUUGCAGCAGAUGGGUUCUCGUAUGAGCUUGAGGCAAUAGAGGAGUGGCUAAGCAUGGGACAUGACACAUCUCCUAUGACGAAUCUGAGACUGGAUUAUCAAGUUCUGACACCGAACCAUACUCUUCGUGCUCUCAUUCAAGAUUGGCAUAGCAAAAAAGCAGCACAAGCUUCCUCCUGAGUUUCUACUUUUGUAUACACACAACACAACAACAACUAAAAAAAAAAGUUUCUAAUUUUGUAAUUUAAUUAAUUGAUAUUAUCAAAACACAAA